GGGAAAUGGGAACAAUUAGAACAAGAGGAAAUGUAGUGAACACUUAGUAAUAGAGGAAAUGUCAUGAACAGCUAGGAUUGGAGGAAAUGUUGUGAACAGUUAGGAUUAGAGGAAUGUCAUAAACUGGGCAUUUUCUGUGAACUUUGCUGAAUUUAUGGUGUAUGUUAGAGAUACCAUCCAAGCUCAAACUCGUGCAUCGUCAGUUUAAAAAUUUCCCAAACAGGACCUGGUCUGUAUUGGCUUCAAAGUUUCCACAUGAGGGUUGGAUGGAUUCCAAUUUGCCGAUGACGUCUUCUAGCGACGAAGCCUGCAAAUUCUUUGAUGCAGCCAUUAUACAGAUGACAAGUUUAUACGAAGACAGUGAGUUAGGUGGUACAGGAAAUACAUUGAAACAAAUGAUGGAAGCAGAUCCUGAUUUCGUUAUGGGUCAAGUUUUGGUGAAUACUCUGAAAUACGCUUGUUCCCAGUGUGAUAGGGAGGCUGUAACCAAGGCACUGGAUGGGAUCUCCAAUCUAGCCCUAAAACAGGAAGUGACAGACAGAGAAAGGAAACACGUGACUGCCCUGAAACUUGUGACCGAAGGAAAAACUUUGCAAGCUGUUGAGACAUAUAGAGAGAUCCUUACCGAUUCUCCAACAGACCUGAUGGCGUGUCUGUUUGCUUACUUUAAAUAUUAUGAACUCGGGAUGUCUAAGGAAAUGCUCGACAUUAUGAAAUUUGUGGUGGAGGCAUACAGCUCAGAAACACCAGGAUACAGCACCAUCCUCGCCUGGAAAGCCUUUGCUCACGAAGAAAACUCACAGCUCGUGGAAGCCGAACAAGAAUCAUACAAGAGCCUGGCAGUUUCAUCUGGGGAGGCAUUUGCAAUCCAUACGAUGGCACAUAUCCAUCUAGAAAGGGGCAUGCUGGAUGUUGGUUUGGCAUUUCUUCAAAGUAAAGCUAAAUAUUGGGAGUCUUCAAAUCUGGCCUGUCACAUAGCAUGGCACGAAGCUCUGUUUCUUUUGGAAAAGGGACAAUUUGAUGAUGCAGUUAAAAUAUUUGAUGAACAGAUAAUAACCCGAGCUGCCACUGGUGGAAAUUUCAAUGAUGCUUCAUCAUUAUUGUAUCGAUUGUCUUUUGAAGAUGUACAAGUUCCACAGCGAUGGAAAAGUGUCCUUGGACUUGUAGACAAGUUUUAUGAACAACACAGAUGGAUAUAUAUUGACGCACACAUCCUCUUUACUUUAUAUCGAAAUGGGGAAAAAGAGCGAGCAAGUGAAAUGCUGGAGAAGUUGAAAAGUUUCGUCAAAGAUACCACUGGAGCAAACGCCUUAGUGACACAUGAUGUUGGUAUUCCGCUAUGUGCUGGAAUAACGGCGUUUGAGGAGGGACAUUAUGAAACAGCAACUAAUUGCCUCAAUUCAAUUCGAACUACACUACACAAAAUCGGAGGAAGUAUUGCACAGAGGGACACAUUCGUACAGCUGUUAAUCCAUUCUGCUAUAAAGUCCCCUAACCCGGACCACAGGACCCUGGCGAGGACAAUACUUAAUGAGAGAAAGACAAAACGUGCAGAUGAUCCUCUGGGUGAUCGUCUGAUCUCUCUUCUAGAAAACAAUGCUUCUGAUUAAUGUAUAAAAUAGCGUACGUGAUAUACGAAAAUGCUGGUACUAAGACAUAGACGGAUCUAUAUAUAUAUAUAUAUAUAUAUAUAUAUAUAUAUAUAUAUAUAAUGACGCAUUUGCAUAUGGAGUAUCGAAAAAAGUUGCCUCAUGUAAGGUUUAACUAUGAAUAAAGUAUAUGAAUGUAUUCAACUAUACAUUCGCCACAUGUUGCAUUUUGUCCAUUUAUAACAUAUCUGGAAAAAUAUUGGCUUUAAAUAUGUAUAUAUACUGCAUACAUGUACAUUAUAUUCUAAUGCAUAUGAAAAGAUAAUGUUUCUUUUUAACGUGUCUUUUUUAUAUAUAUAUUGUCGACAUACUUAAUAAAUUUCUGCACGAGGCACAUGGAAUUGAGUGGGGAACAGGGGUCAUUCUCCCCACAUUAUCUGGAAAUUACCAUUAUUUUUGUUUAUUUUGUUGUGGAAAUAAAGAUAUAUUGGGUGACCCCCAUCCAAUUCAUCCAAUUCA